AUGAUGUUUAUCUUUGUGAUGCUGGGACUUCUGCUCUGCAAAGAAUUAGCAGGGUCCAGUGCUGUGACAACUGUGUUUGUGCAGAAAGGGAAGGAUUUACAUCUGGAUGUUAACAAACCUGUUGCUAUAGCAGUAUAUGAUGAAUUUAGGUGGAGAGUCAAUGACACUCACAGCAUAGUGAGAUUAUAUCCUGAUAACAAAACAAGAAUAGUUGACCCUUAUAAAGGAAGGGUUGAGUUUUCUGUACAAAAUCACUCUUUGCUUUUGAAGAAUGUGCAACACAGCGACAGUGGAGAUUACACUGCACUCAUAUAUGAGGAUUACCAACGUGUAACUGAAUACAAGGUCAUAAUUCAAGAUCCAGUGUCUCCAGUUCAGCUGUCAGUGAACUCUGUGUCUAACAGCAGAGAGUCCUGUAACCUCACUGUGACCUGCAGUACAGAGGACUCUCUCAUCAGCAGCACUUUUACAUGUGACACCAACACCUGCAAUCAGGAGGGAGGAGAGCAGUCAGAGGUCACAACCUCUGGUCCUUCUCUCCAUGUCUACCUGUUCAACGACUUCAUCAUCUGUAACCAUAGCAACCAGGUCAGCAGGACUGGAGACAUAAAGGAGAUUCAGCCUCUCUGCUCUCUAACUGCUGGUUCACAGAGUAUCUCUCUAUGCCUGGUGAAGACAGUCGUGUUCUCUGUUGGUCUGAUCAUCAUGGUGUCUGCCGUCAUCAGUGUCCAUCUGAUGGAGAGGCUCAAGAAGCAAGAAUGAAGAGACAACUCUACACCAACAAAUCU